UACCGUCCCGACGCACCCUCGUCGGACGCACAAGGGUUGUUCUGCCGGUAUAGUUCGUCUCUCGCGCCAAGUUAUUUCGAAGUGACAAAUAAUUUUUAUUCCUUUUCUAAUCACAUCGUAUUUUAAUAACAAAAUAUUACUACUAAUAAAAAUAAACAUAUUUUGAAUACGAUGCACACAAAAUAUACAAAAUGAAAAACGCCGGGUAAUAUGUUCGACCAUUGACGUCCUGGCUCGUCUAUGAAAAAACACAUACAAUUCAGAUAAUGAGAUGGAAAGAAUAAAAACACCGUGAUUCAUUUUAAGCCUAAUUUGAAGAUGGGUGAAUGUAAAUCAACUACAAAAACUACAUCUGUUGUGAUGGCAUUACUGUUUUUGAUCAUAGAUCCUUGCGAAAUUGGUGAAGCCGUUCAAAUGCUAGGUGUUAAGGUGCCUGCGUACAUUUUUAUGGGCGACUCUGUACAAUUAUUUUGUGAUUAUGAUAUGCAAAUGGACAAAUUGUACUCAGUUACCUGGUACAAGGACAAUGAAGAGUUCUAUCGGUACGUUCCAACUUCUUCAAAUCUCAAACACAGUUUCAGUAUGGACGGAAUCACAGUUGAUCAUAUUUACUCGGACAGCAAAAAAGUCACCUUACGCUACGCUAAUUUGUUGAUGAAUGGCGAAUACAAGUGUGAAGUAUCUGCUGAAGCACCGUUCUUUACAACUGUGCACGCUGAAUCCAAAAUGGCCAUAAUAAGUUUACCAAAACAAAAAGAUGUAACCAAAAUCAAUGGAGGCUCAGGAAUUUAUCAAACUAGUGACACUAUUUAUUUAAAUUGUACAUCGGGAGAAUCAUUUCCCGCUGCAAGACUCCGAUGGUUUAUUAAUGACAAAAUGGUGAUUUCCAAUUACGACCGCUCGGAAAAAUUACGCAACGGUUUGUACAUCAGCAUAUCCAAAUUAAAUUUGGCAAUAUCUCCUGAUCACUUCAACAAUGGCUUAAUGAAAGUUACAUGUCAAGCCAUCAUCAAUAUAGGUCGUCAAAAGGCAUUACCACCUCCUAAGGAAUACAAACGUGAAGCAAUACUCUUAGUACGUGGAUCAGCAGUAGCGAUGUGCAUAACAUUCAACUUUAAAUUAACAUUAAUAACAUUAACAUCAACAUUGUUUUUAUUAAAUACGUCGUGAAAACGGUAAAAAUUGUUAUCCAAUUAUUUUGGCUCCUUCAUUUAACUUAUGUGAAAUUCUAUGUUAUCUUGUUAUUUUAUCAAAACUGUUUAAUAAACUUUAUAUCCGCACAAGUUGUAAGUUGUAAGUUGUAACUAUACAUUUUUUGUUUUAAACAUAAACAUAUUAUUAUUUUUUUUUUUAUAGUAGUUUAGAGAAUAGUAUUAUUUUAUACAAUACAUAUACAUUACACUAUAAUUAAUUAUUCGAACAUAAUUAAAUACUAAAUAUAAAAUUUCAAAAAAAAAAAAAAAACGUUUAGAUUUAUUUCUGGUACCUAUACCUACGUUAUUUUAAACAACAAAAUGUAAUAUAUUGAUACAUAAUUUAUAAUUUCUUUUAACAAGAUGUAAAUGUUGGUAAUAAUUAAUUAUUUAUCAUUUAUAUUGUAUGACAGUAGGUACCUACUACCUAUUGGUAUUAUAAUGUACCUACCUACAAAUUAGUAACUAAUUUAUUUAUUCAUUAUAGCCAAAUUAUAUGGAAAGUAAAUCACGUUCAAAUAUUUAUUGAAAUAUUAGUUAUUAC